GAAAUCGGCGCCGCCCGCUGGCUGCAGGCUGGGCUGAGCCCGUGUCCCUGCACCUGUGCUUUAGGGCUCUCUGAAGGAAGGAGGGCGACGGUGUGCGGCCGCUCUGCGCUCCGUCGCAUGUGUGUUCCCCGCCUCGCGCCUCCCCCUCCCCCGCCGCCCGAAGCCCUGCGUGGGCUGGGCGCGCCACAUCCCCGCGUUAGCUUCUUGGGGCGCGCAGACGGGUUAGCUUCCCUGGCCUGGCCACCCGCCCCGGCUCUGUCGCCCCGCCACCGCAGCGGUGAGCGCCCGGUCCGCCGUUCUUCCGCUGCCACCGCUGCCGGCACCAUGGGCAGCGAGCAGAGCUCCGAGGCCGAGACCCGACCCAACGAUCUGAACUCCUCAGUGACUCCUUCCCCAGCUAAGCAUAGAGCCAAGAUGGAUGAUAUUGUGGUUGUAGCUCAAGGCUCUCAAGCCUCACGGAAUGUCAGCAAUGAUCCAGAUGUCAUCAAGUUACAAGAGAUCCCAACCUUCCAGCCCCUUUUGAAAGGGCUGCUGAGUGGCCAGACUUCCCCCACAAAUGCCAAGCUGGAAAGACUGGAUUCCCAGCAGGUGCUGCAGCUCUGCCUCCGGUACCAGGCUCACCUGCGCCAGUGUGCGGAGGCCGUUGCUUUCGACCAGAACGCUUUGGUUAAACGAAUCAAGGAGAUGGAUCUGUCUGUAGAAACCCUCUUUAGCUUCAUGCAGGAGCGCCAGAAAAGGUAUGCCAAAUAUGCCGAGCAGAUCCAGAAAGUCAACGAGAUGUCAGCUAUCCUGCGCCGCAUCCAGAUGGGCAUCGACCAAACGGUGCCACUGAUGGAGCGGCUCAACAGCCUGCUGCCUGAGGCCGAGCGCCUUGAGCCUUUCAGCAUGAAGCCUGUGUAGCGCUGAGGUCCGGUGCUGGCAUGGAGGGCCCCAAGCUGGCCCGGGCUGAGUGCGCCUGAAGCAGGCAGAGGAGUGGGGCCUCCCUGCGGGCCGAAGCCGCCGUCACAGGGUGCCUGGACCUGGGGACAGCAAGCCGCAUUGGUCUCAGUGACAACCGAAACUCUGAAACUGGACCUCAGAACCCUGCAUGGAUAGUUCUCUUUAUUUUGCCCACGUUUUUUAUUUGAGUGUGUGUACAGUCCUAGGUACUGCAGUGAAACGUGGAAAGAAGGGAGAAAAUGUCAACAGCUGUGUGCCCUCCGUGCCCUUGUGAAAUUUUACUCAGGCCCCCAGGGUUAUGAAUUGUAAACAUAAAAAACUAAGGUGACCGAG